AUAUAUAAAGAGAAAACUGGUAAGCAGGAUGAGGAUAAGCCAUGACGUGCAACGUCCAAACACGGAUCUCUCUCCAUCUCCCUGGUUCUUCCACUUUUGUCUGCAAUUCCCGGAGAGUUUCUUCAUUUCUUCCCAGAAGUAGAACUACAUUCUCCCUCUCUCCUCAACACCAUUUCCAUGGAUUCCAUGUUGCCAGGAACACAAUGUUUGAUUCGCAAUCGCAGCCUCCUUUACUUUCUGCCGACAGAAAACGGGAUUUCUCUGCGUAUGCCGCCUCUCUGGAGCUCCCGCUGCUUCCCUUCGGCGUCAAUGACGUUCUUGUUCCGUCGGAGACUAAAACAUUGCAUCUGUAUGAAGCAAGGUACCUAACUCUGUUGGACGAGUCUUUAUUUAGGAAGAAUAAACUUUUUGUGCAUUUUGUGUUGGAUCCUGUCGCUGUCAGUGACUCAUCAAGGGAAAUAUCAUUUGCAGCCAGACAUGCUUGUUUGAUCUUAAUUGAGAAUGUCGAGAGGCUAGAGGUGGGGGCAUUAGUCACCAUCAGAGGAAUCGGACGCGUCAAAAUUAUAGAGCUUCUGCAAACUGAUCCUUAUUUGCGAGGUACAAUUUCACCCGUGAGGGACGAUAUUGUUCAAAAUGAUAGCGGUUUAAGUACAAAAGUGAUGGACGUCAAAGAUGUUCUUCGUAAUUUGAAUAGUUUGGAGAUCAAAUUGAAGGCUCCCAAGGAGGCAUUAUUGCAGACUCAUAUUCUGAACUCACUUACUUGGGCUGAAAAGGGUAUAUAUGUGGACAUUGAUGAACAUUUUGUACCAUCCUUAGCUGAAAGAGUUUCCUUCGCAGCCUUCCAACCAAUUUCAGGAUCAACUAAAUCUGAGUUACAAAGUUUGCAGCUAAAAAAACUCGAAGCAAUGGAUAUCAAGAAUACUUUUGAAAGGCUGGAUAGAUCUCUGGAAUUAAGUAAAGCAAAUAUUUCUACAGUGGCCGCCAAACUUGCUAUACAAUCAGUUGAAAUUCAAUAGGGAAUGUGAAAACUAUGAAUUGGGCAUUCUGAUAACCAUCCCAAUAAUGAAAGGUUGUAAAGUUAACGUGUACAUUGAUUAUGUCAGCCAUGUACAUGCUACCAUAAAACGUUAUGCUAUUUAAUUAAUGAAAAAGAAGUGAUAUAUACGGGCUAAACUUUGGAAUA